AUGGCCUCCAUUGUUCUUUUGUUAAUUGGCUCUCUCAUCUUGACCCCAAAGUCUUGUUCUUCUAAACCCAUCUCCCAACAAAAACCAUUAGAUUCUGAUCAUAUUGAAUUUGCUCUUAAUUUAGAAUAUUUAGAGGCUGAAUUCUUUUUAUAUGGGUCAUCAGGUCAUGGGCUGGAUGUAGUUGCUCCAAAGUUAGCAGAGGGUGGACCUUCUCCUAUUGGUGGAAAAUUGGCCGAAUUGAGUCCCAUUGUAAAGGAUAUCAUCUAUCAAUUUGCUUUGCAAGAAGUUGGACAUUUGAGUGAAAGGGUUCCGUUAGAUCUAAGCAAAUCAUCAUUUGCCAAGGUGAUGGAUAGUGCCUUUGGUCGACCUUUGGUGCCUCCCUUUGAUCCUUAUGCCAAUGAUAUCAAUUUUCUUCUUGCAUCUUAUGUAAUUCCUUAUGUUGGUCUUACUGGCUAUGUUGGUGCCAAUCCACUCUUGCAAAAUGCUACUUCAAGGAAGCUUGUUGGAGGCCUUUUGGGAGUAGAAUCGGGCCAAGAUGCAGUUAUAAGAACAUUGCUAUACCAAGCGGACAAUCAAAAAUUACUAGUAAAACCUUAUGGAGUGAGUGUCGCAGAGUUCACCAAUCGCAUUUCAAUACUUAGGAAUAAAUUAGGACAUGGUGGUUUGAAAGAUGAGGGUCUUGUGGUCUCUAAAAAACAAGGUUCCGAGGGUAGCGUCUCAGGAAAUAUCCUUGCAGGAGAUAAAUACUCGUUGUCAUAUCCAAGAACACCACAAGAAAUAUUGAGGAUUGUGUAUGGAAGUGGCAAUGAAUCUGUCACUGGUGGCUUCUAUCCUCAUGGAGGAAAAGGUCGUAUAGCAACAUCUUACUUAAAAAAUUAAUUAAGACUAUUAAGAAUUGAUUCUCUAACUAUUGUUACUAGCUACUUGUAAACUACG